GGAAAAUGAAGGUUUUUCCGGAAGUAAAAUGGAUACACGUGACGUCACGAAGCUAACGUGGCGUUCUGAGAAGACAGUCGACAUAUUGUUUCAAAAUCUAAAGAGAAAAUCUACACAUUUACCAGCGAAUUUACGGUGAACCUUCGACCGUAGUUAUGGCUCGAUCUGCGAAUAACUCGGCGUACCAAGACUACAUCAAUAAGGCGGAAGAUUUUGCCGAUCAAAUUCUGCGCCAUUCGAAACACGUGUUACCCCAUCUUGCUCGCUUUUGUCUCGUCUCGACGUUUUUCGAAGAUGGAGUUCGUAUGUGGUUUCAAUGGGGCGAACAAAGGGAUUACUUCAGCCAAACAUGGAACUGUUCGACGGUUUUUGGAUUGCUUUUCGUGCUCUUUAACUUAUUCGGGCAGCUAGGAGGGGUUGCGAUGGUUUUAGCCAGGCAAAAAGUCGAAAUUGCUGUAGCUAUUUUGGGGACUGUUGUCGUCGUCCAGGCAAGUAUAGCUAAGCUGGGUUUUAAUUCUUUGCUAAACAAUGUCACACUGCAGAUGGUCAACCUGCAGUUAAUACCAGAGUUAGAUAAUAAUGUUAAUUCUUUAAUAUGUAGUGGUAUUUGAUAAAUACAGUAGAUUCAUUUUCUUGCCCCUUUCUGAAGUUUAAUAAUUGACUACAAAUUUCCUUGCUUUUUUUGGCCAUUAUCUUAUGAUCUUUUUGCUUAUGUCCAUGUUUGUAAAGCAUUAUAACAAAGAAAAGCUACAGGAUUCGCUAUUAAAAGCAUCAAUAUGUAUAAAGUUAUAUAAAUAUACUAACAUUUUUUCUGCUAUAAUGUAUAAAUUGCUACAUGGUUAUAUUUUGGUAGGAAUGUAUCAAAAUACACGUGUCCCAGAAGGGUUACUGUUUAACAUACAAAGUGUGCAUUAGCAAAGCAAGUAUUGAUUUGCAAAUCUCAAGAGUACUUGUUUCCAGACUGCAAAGAUUUUGUGCUAGAAUUAUUUUCGUAGCUUCUAGCAGCUAUUUGAAGAAACAAUGUUAUGUUAUGAUUUGUGGGAUACCAAAUUCACAUGGAAAUUGACCCUCUGUUUUUAAUAAUCAAAACAAUAAGUUAAUAACAGUGAUAACUAAUUUUCUAAUCAAUUGUUGGUUUCAGACGGUUGCUUACAGUAUUUUAUGGGAUGUAAAAUUUCUGAUGAGGUAUAAUUCAAAGAUUUAUUGCAUUUUUUAUGUUGAUUGUUAUGUAAUUGUGUUUAUUGUUCAAAUGCUUUGUCAGUGUUAUUAUUAACCUGUUAAGUCCAACCCUUUGCUGUCUCCUUCAGGAAUAUGGCUCUGGCAGGAGGGCUUCUACUUCUUUUGGCCGAAAGCCAGUCGGAAAAGAAGAGCCUGUUCGCCGGUGUGCCAAGCGCUGGUGGAAACACGCCGAAAACGUACCUCCAAUUGAGUGGUCGUAUCCUAUUGGUCUUCAUGUACUUGACAUUGCUUCGCUUCGACCUUUCCUUCUUCCGAACCAUUGAGAUAAUUAUUGGAUCCGUCCUAAUGGUGUUCGUAACGAUUGGAUUCAAGACGAAGCUUUCUGCCUUGGUGUUACUCUGUUGGCUUACUGUCCUUAAUGUCUAUUUUAAUGCCUUUUGGAUGGUCCCUAGCAAUCGGCCGUUACGUGAUUUCCUUAAGUACGACUUUUUCCAAACCACGUCUGUGAUUGGUGGAUUGUUGCUGGUCGUUGCCCUUGGUCCUGGUGGGGUUAGCGUUGAUGACUAUAAGAAAAAAUGGUAGAUAUAUUUGAACGACAAUUGUUGACUAAGGAAAAGGAUUUGUUAGUGUGUGAAAAGAGAGUAAAUAAAGUUAACACAUGCAUGUAUAUGAAAAUUUCUAAAAUCAACUGUUCUUGUAUUUGUAAAGUAUAUUAAUACUGGGUAUUUGCACUCAAUAUAUUUUAUCUCAAGAAUAUUUUGAAGUUUAACUUGAGCUCUUUCUUGUCAAAUUAUUUCUAUUGUUCUUAGGUCAAAACUUUUAAAAAUUUAAUACAAUAGAUCAUUCCAGAAAAUAUGCAUACCCUCCCCCAUGGAAAGAAAUUGAAUGCUACACCUACAAGCCCCACCCCCCACACCCCCCCCACCCCCGUCAUCCUAGUACAUUUUACUAUUAUCAAAAGUUGGUUUUUCCCCUUUGGACAGAGAAAUUUCCUCAAACAGAGGGAGUGUUUUUUUUUGGAAUGACCUAAUCUAGCUUAAUACAUUAUCAAUCUUAGGAAUUUACAAAUUUUUAUGGUAUUGUAUGUCAAGGAAGAUAGAUUGGCUUAUUAAAUUAAAACAUGAUAUUUUCCUAAAAUUAACAUAUAAUUGAGAUGAGAUCAGUUUAAAAGACAAAUUUAUAGUUCUGUGAUUUGUUAUAAACCUGGGUGAUGAUUGAGGAUGAUCCCAAAUUGUUAAUUAAGCAACAUUGGUUGGGAGGCUAGGUCACAGACUAGAGUCAAACAGACAGUUGACUUGUCCAAAAAUUGUAACUGCUGCCACGCCAUUGUUCACAAGGGCCAUUCAUUCCCCUGAAUGUCCACUAUGUUUAAUAUUUUCAAGGGGGUGAAUAUUUCUUGUAAGUGCAUUGGCUAGGACCAUGGUGACAGCAUUGCAACAAUUAUGUCAAAGACAUAGUCGACCUUCUGUAAAGUUCCUAUUCUGUGACUUGGUCUCUCACAUCAAUGUUGUCAUAAAUAUAACUCUGACCAAAAUGGCUUGUGCCGACCGUCGCCUGAGUUCAAGCAAGCCACAUACUGUCGUACAUUAUUAUAAUAAACAAUCACAAUGAACUUUCAUAUAGGUGUAGAGAGGCUUCCUAUUUUAUAAAUAGCAGACAUAACAAAUUAAAGUGGAUUAAUAAUGUUGUAUUUGAAGAUCAAUAUUAAUUGUAAACAAAGAUUGUAUGAGAUUUCUUGAUGACCUCGUAAAAUUCAUGAUUGUGAAAAAAGGGUUGUCGUUCAUUGUUUCUUAUUUUCAUGAGUCUUUGGUGUUCUGGUGGACCACCCCCC